CAGACCGCCCCACAACACAGAAAAAUUUGAGCCCAUACGCGUCCAUCACCGACCCAUCCCCUCUCCUGCUCACUUCCAUCUGGGCCCCAGCUCGCCACGCCUCCCCGCCACCACCUCGCCGCCGUUUGCGCCCCUUCGACCUCGCCUUUCUCCCUAGGGUUUCUCUCUCCUCCCAAUCGGAUCGGGAGCCAUGGAGUCGCGGCCGCGGAAGCGCACGCGCCAAGCGUAUGACGGCGCCGCCGCGCCGCCGCCGGAGCGGGAGGUGAGGGGCGGCGCGUCGCCGCCGUGGAGGGAGGACGACCGCGACGGCCACUUCGUCUUCGAUCUCGGCGAGAAUUUGACCCGCCGAUACAAAAUCUUAAGCAAAAUGGGAGAAGGUACUUUUGGGCGAGUUUUGGAAUGCUGGGAUCGUGAAACACGUGAAUAUGUUGCCAUAAAAGUUGUUCGGAGCAUCCGCAAGUACCGAGAUGCUGCAAUGAUCGAGAUAGAUGUGCUUAACCGCCUUGCAGAAAAUGAAAGAUACAGAUCACUCUGUGUCCAGAUUCAAAGGUGGUUUGACUAUCACAAUCAUAUAUGCAUUGUUUUUGAGAAGCUUGGGCCAAGCUUGUAUGAUUUUCUAAAGAGAAAUAGAUAUCAACCUUUCCCUAUGGAACUUGUGCGGGAGUUUGGACGGCAACUGUUGGAAUCUGUAGCAUAUAUGCAUGAGUCACGGCUUAUCCACACUGAUCUGAAGCCAGAAAACAUACUUCUUGUGUCUUCUGAGUAUAUAAAAGUUCCAAGUUCGGAGAAGAGUUCGCAAGAUGAGAUGCAUUUCAAGUGCUUGCCAAAGUCCAGUGCCAUAAAGCUGAUAGAUUUUGGUAGUACCGCCUUUGAUAAUCAAGAACAUAAUUCGAUUGUUUCUACGAGGCAUUACAGGGCACCUGAAAUAAUCUUAGGCCUAGGCUGGAGUUUUACAUGUGAUAUUUGGAGUAUUGGCUGUAUUCUCGUUGAGCUAUGCUCAGGGGAAGCAUUGUUCCAGACACAUGAGAACCUGGAGCACCUAGCUAUGAUGGAGAGGGUUUUGGGACCACUACCAGAGCACAUGAUACGGAAUGCCAGUUCGUCAGCUCAGAAAUAUUUUAGGAGAGGAACACGUUUAAAUUGGCCUGAAGGUGCUGUUUCAAGAGAAAGCAUCAGAGCAGUGAGAAAACUUGAUCGACUAAAGGAUUUGGUAUUGAGGAAUGCUGACCAUUCAAGGGCAGCACUGGCGGACUUGCUAUAUGGCCUUUUAAGAUUUGAGCCAUCAGAGCGCCUUACUGCCCAAGAAGCUCUAGACCAUCCAUUCUUCAGAAAUCCAACAUGACUGUUUGAAAAAGGCUUGACUCCGCCCCUUCUAAUAUGCACAACAAGAAGUUCUGAAGAAGCAGCUGUUAUGAAGCAGAAGGCUUUUUGGUAAUCUGUACCAUAAAAUUUCUGUGAGCUGAGCAAUAUGACUUGUAGUGAUAAAGCUGAUGUUUCAGUCGCCCAAUGUAAUGUACACUAGCAUUUGUUCUAGGGAGCAUAGUAGUAACUUGUACAUUGUUAGUUUGGAUGCCCUGCGAGCUGCAUCCCGGCCCUCACCUCAUCGAUUAAAACAAGUACAGAGGCCGUCCCAUAUGAUUGUAUCAGCUCCUUCCAUAUGAUUGCCGUGCUGUUGGAAUUUGGACAGCAUGGGCCAUGUGGUUGUGGGCCUUGUGGCUUGUUGCGUUCAAAUCCCAUGUUGAAGGGUGUGGAAAAGCCGAGAUGUCUUCUC